CAACCUAGAUCUGUCCCAGCCCAGCGGCCGCCGACUUCAGCGCCCAGCGCCCAGCUCCCAGCCGAGUGCCCGCUGCCGGCACCGCGACGCCAUGGAGCGCCUUGAUAAAGCGGCGCUGAACGCGCUGCAGCCGCCCGAGUUCAGAAGUGAAAAUUCGCUAGCAUCUACCCUGAAGACACUCCUGUUCUUCACAGCUUUAAUGAUCACUGUUCCUAUUGGGUUAUACUUCACAACAAAAUCUUAUAUAUUUGAAGGUGCCCUUGGGAUGUCCAAUAGGGAUAGCUACUUUUACGCUGCUAUUGUUGCAGUGGUUGCAGUCCAUGUGGUGCUGGCCCUCUUUGUGUAUGUGGCCUGGAAUGAAGGCUCAAGACAGUGGCGUGAAGGCAAACAGGAUUAAGUCAACAUCACUUUUUGAUAGCAUUAACUUCAUUUUUAUAUGGUAAAUGCUGCGGGGGCAUUGAUGAAUUUCAAUAAAAUUGACAGAACACAUGAAAUCAAUCUUAAGGAGUCACAUUUGACUAUUAUAAAUUUUGAUCCUUCUAAUACAAUGGCUUGUGUAAUUUAACUGUAUGGUUCUCUUAUUUUCAAAUGAAAGUUUGGAAAAGCUAAAUUAACUCCAAAUGAGUAUGUUACAUUAGUUACACAUUGUUCCAGGAAAGAAUUUGAUUCUUUACAAAGAAAACUUUUCAUAACAUUUUGCCUUAUAGUUUUUGAGUUUUACUGCUGGAUGUAUUAAGAUGUGUACAGCAAAGCAAACCUUACCUUCACCUUAGACUGGAACACUUUGCCUAGCAAUUAUGGAAAUACCUGGUCUUUGGAUUUGGAAUUUUUAUUUCUGUAUGGAAAAUUGCUCAAACUGUGGACAGUGGAAUUAAUCUGAAUACCCUGAGGAAUUUUGGAUGAAGCAUCAAUCCUAGUCAAUAGGACACUGUCAUUGUAUUAUCGUAUUGGGAAGGGGGCAGGGAUUAGACUAAAUCGCAGCCAUUCAUGUAAAAGAACUUGGGUUUCCUGAAGGACCCAGGGAGCAAAGGGAAGAGCUUGCUGUGUUUCAGGCACAGGCACGUAGCUUGCCUUCCGAAGGCAGGAAGCUGUGUGCUUUACAGACCAAUUUUUUCAUAGUCAAUUUUGCUCCUACAUUCAACAUUCAUGGUAGGCUUCAAUUGCAAGGCUUGUGGAAAUUCUAUUGAAGAUUGCUUUUUUUGAUUUUUAAAAAUUAUAUUGUAUGAUAUGAUAGGAAUUUACAUUUAAAAGUGUUCAUUUUUGCAUAUAUUGGGAAUAUACACAAAUCUGAAGACAGAUUAUUUUUGUUACUCAAAAAGUAUUCUUGUGAUUUCCAAUCUACAGGUUGUUUUAGUCAGAACUAAGUUAUAUCCGUGUGUCUGUAUAUUUGAAAGUAUAACAUAUAUAUAUAAAUAUAUAUAAAAUCUAUGUCUAACUACUAUAAAUAUAUAGUAGUUAGAUAAUCCUUGAGGUCCUUUCUGAUGGAAGAAAAACCAAAAACCCCAUGAUUUUAUUUUAGUAUCCUUAGUUUGUGUUCUUUCUCACCAUUUGGUAUUAUUUGUGUACAAUCUAAAAAUAGUCCCCCAAAUGUAUAUUUUUUAUUAUAAACCAUAAUAGAUGUUCUCUAUAGAAAACUGGAAAAAUUAAUAUUCAAACAGGUAAACAGUUAAAAUUGCCCAUAAUAGUGCCACCUGGAGAUAACCACUAUUUUGGUUUAGAGCCUGUGUUUUGUUUUUUUUUUUUUAAAACCAUUUCUUAAUGUUAAUUGGAUACAUGGUAAAAGUUUGUUUUCACUUAAAAUUCUGUCAGCUAUAGCUGGUAGCGACUUGAAUUUUUUUUCAGAUAAGUGACUAUUGUCCAUUUUCUUAAAAAGCACAUUCUACCUAAACUCUUUGAAAAUUUACAUUUCCUGUUACUGAAACAUGAACAAAAUGUCCCUUGCUUAAGUUUUUGCUAUUACCAGUUUGUUCACACUUAGUAUUUUUUAUGUUGCAGAGCUGGAGAAAGAGAGAUGAUUUAGUAUAAAAGUUAAGUGUGCGUUUUCAUUUAUUUAAUUGCUAAGAAAAACACUAGACUAGUAGGAAAAUUGUAGGGUUGUUUUGAAUUCUUGCUCCUGGUUAAAUAUUGUCUACAAUUUAAACGUCUGUAAGCUGUUAUUCUAAAUGUAAAACUUGUUUUAUUUUGUGUGUGCAAAUGGUACAAUUUUAGUAAGAUGACAUUUGACUCUGGGGCAGUGUGUGGUAGAUUCCUAGAUGCCGCCAUCCUGAGAUGGCCUGCUGUGUUUAGAAUUAGCCACUUAAUUUCUUUUUUCUAUAAUGGGCAAAGUUUUUCUUGUACUUUUGAGAUUUUUUUAAAUCGACAAAUGGAAUAUAUUCUUUUUUAGUUGAAGAGUUACAGAGAAAGAGACAGAGACAGAGAGGGAGAGAUCUUCCAUCCAUUGAGUCACUCCCCAAAUGCCUGUAACAGCCAGGGCUGGGCCAGGAACUACAUGUGGGUCUCUCACAUGGGCGGCAGGGGCCCCAACACUUCAGCCAUCAUCCACUGCCUUCCCAGGUGCAUUAGCAGGGGGACCGGAUAGAAAGCAGAGCAGCUGGAACUAGAACCUGCACUCAGAUAGAGGAUGCUAGUGUUGCAAGUGGUACCUUACCCUUCUGUACCACAAUGCCAGACCCAUACUUUUGGAAUCUUAUAAUGUUUGUAAAAUAUUACUACCUGAUAUUAGAUUGUUCUGAUGGAUUUUAUAUACUUGCUGAAUAGAUAAUGAUAUGAACAUUUUUCAGCAAGUAUAUAUAGACUAGGCAUGCAUGCAAAAGCGGUUGUAAUUUUUUUCUUGGAAAAAGUACCAAGUGUUUGAAAGUUACAAUCAGAUGCCAUGAUUGAUAUUUAGACUUGUUUUCAAAACUUUUUUUUUACCUGAGGUUUUAUCUGUUAACUCACUAGUUUGCUGCUGUUACUUAUGUUAAAUAAUGUAUACUAUUUGGAAAUAGAUUUAUUUUUCAAGCCAUGACACUGGUUUCCUCUUGCAUAAUGUAUAUACUUGAAGAUGUAUGGAAAGGGAAGUUACAUUUGAGCCCUUAUAAAUGUUAAAAAUGUUUAAAAUCGGACUGUAAAGAAUAACCUCAGUUAGGAAGUGUAAUUGGAAGUGAGCUACAGUCUGAGCUACUGAUUUAACCUAUUGACUGUAUCACAUCACCUUCCUUACUCCCAGUUUGCCCCCAUGAUGUCAUUCUUUCCUUCGUGUGCCGGGAAAUGAAAAGUCUGCUGUAGAAUGCGUCUGAUGUCAGAAGCUCUUCAAAUGGAUACCAUUUUACCCAUCAGUCGAAUUUGAUUUGUUAGUGAAGAAAUUUAAAAUUGCCAUAAAUAAAAAUCUGCCUGUAUUUCA